AUGGCAUUAUUGGCAGGCAUAGUACGGCAAACAGAAAUAUUAUUACAGGCCAUAAUUACUAGUUUCUUAAAUUCUUCUAUGUGUAUAACGACAGUGAUGGAAAAUAAUCUUAUAUUAAAAUUGCCUAACAGUUUUAUGUCCCUUUAUGCAAAUAGCUCUGAGGAUCUUUCCUAUUUAAUGUUAAACGCUUCAGAAAUGGGUUGCUCUGAUUAUAUUGUGCAAUUAGAGGAACCUAAAAUAUUUAUGACUGCUUUUGAAAAAGUUAUACAUAUGGGCAAUGUUCGAAGAAGCGACAGAAAAAUAAUAAUAUUGCCUAAAAUAAACGAAAACGUAGUCAAUACAAACGACAAAGAAAAAUUGCUAAACAUAUUGUCGAUGGAAGAAACUGGCUUUGUAGCGAAUGUGUUAUUAAUUGUUCCUUCAGAUGAAAAUUCUGAAUGUAAAACUUAUGACUUAAUAACACAUAAAUUUGUUGGACCAGGCAAUGACAGUAAAGAACCCUUAUAUUUAGAUAAAUGGAAUUCAUGUAGAUCUAAAUUUCACAAAAACGUUAACUUAUUUCCUCAUGAUAUGUCUAAUUUAUAUGGCAAAGUAGUUAAAGUAGCUGCAUUUACAUACACACCUUAUGUAUUAUUAGAUCUUGAUACGAAUAUUGUACCACAAGGUCAUGACGGUAUAGAAAUGAGAAUUGUUGAAGAAUUUUGCAGGUGGGUUAAUUGCACUAUUAAAGUCGUGAGGGAAGACGAACAUCAAUGGGGAGAAAUAUUUAAUAAUCGUACUGGGGUUGGUGUUAUUGGACACGUUUUCGAAGACAGAGCAGAGAUCGGUAUAACUGCAUUGUAUUCUUGGUAUGAAGAAUAUGUUGCUUUGGAUUUUUCUACUCCGAUUUUGAGAACCGCUAUAACAUGUUUAGUUCCCACUCCAAGAUUAUUGGCAAGUUGGGAAAUGCCAUUGUUGCCUUUUACCCCGUACAUGUGGAUUGGAAUAAUAUUGACAAUCAUAUACGCGUCAUUAGCCUUAAUUUUAGCAAAAGGUUGUGUUGUGGAUGGUGUUUUUUUGACAACAUUUGGAAUAAUGGUCACUCAGUCUCAAUCCGAAUCAGGAUUCUCUUCUUGGCGUACACGCAGCGUCGUUGGUUGGAUAUUAAUAACAGGCUUAGUUUUGAAUAACGCUUACGGAGGUGGUUUGGCAUCCACAUUCACUCUACCAAAAUAUGAACCAUCCAUCGACACAAUACAAGAUCUUGUCGAUAGGGAACUGACUUGGAGUGGUACGCACGACGCUUGGAUAUUUUCGCUGAAACCAUCACAUGAGCCCUUAAUAAGAAGCUUAGUGAGUUUAUUUCGUACAUAUCCUGCUGACGAACUAAAGCGAAGGAGUUUUACAAGAAAUAUAGGAUUAGCUAUAGAAAAGUUACCUGCAGAUAACUUCGCGAUUGGUGAUUAUAUAACGAAAGAGGCUACUUUGAAUAUGAUGAUUAUGGUAGAAGAGUUUUAUGUUGAACAAGCUGUUGUCAUGUUACGUAAAAGUUCUGUGUAUACACAUAAGAUAAGCAAUCUCAUAGGACGUCUUCAGGAAUCAGGACUACUGCUGGCGUGGGAGACUCAGGUUACGUUAGCUUACUUAGACUAUGAGGUGCAACUAAAUGUAAGACUUUCUCGUUCUAAAAGAGAUGUUGAAACUUUUGAACCCUUGGCAAUGAGGCAUGUUCAAGGAAUUUUCAUCUUUUACGCGAUUGGAAUUACUUUGUCACUUUUCAGUUUCUUAAUGGAAAACUUCAUUCAUAGAAAGAAUGCUAAGAAACUUCGACAUAAUUCUAAUAUGACCGUGUAA